AUGGUAUUUUUGGUGGUGCUCGCACUUGCUAGUUUUUUUGCAGCAGCAAUUGCGGACGAUGGAAUCGACCAAUUGGGUUCGUACUCAACCAACAUCGUCUCUGUCACCACAAAAGACCCUGUUGCCUCUGCAACCGAAGUGUACGAAUCGCUUGGACGAAAUAUUGUGGAUCGGUUUUGGGACAGCGAAAAUGAUCUUUGGACAAACCAGUGCAAUACUUCUUCGACUCCAGUAUUAUGGCCAGUUGCGGUAGUUGGGAAAGCCGUUUCGAAUGAUAUGGACAAUACCACCAUCCACAAAGCGAUGAACGCAUUUUCUCAGUACCGGAGCACACAAGCAGCAGGCUACUCUGCGACCACUGCUCGCGACGGUGAUAUUUAUACGGACGACGAUGCCCAGGUUGUAUGGGCACUUUAUAAAGCCAGUCAGACCACAAGCAAUACCAGCUUUUUUGAAGUGGGUAACGAUUUGCUUGACUAUAUUCGCAGCCAGGAAUAUAAUGGCACUGGUAUUUUAUGGAGUGUUAAAGGUAACUACCUUGCCCUGAUUUCAAACGUUGAAGCAGCUUUGGCAGCGGUAAAGUCAUACGAGAUUAAACCCAACAACACCUAUUUGCAAUUUGCUAUCCAUUGUCUCACUUGGACGUUCGAUAACCUCAUGGAUAGCCAAAACCAUUUUCUUUACGAUGGAGUAGAUACCAACGGCAACGUCAACCGAGGUCAAUUAUCCUAUACCGUUGGAGCAGCAAUUUCUGGCUUUUCAUUUUUGAGCAAAUUCGACAAUUCCAAAGACUGGAAAUCAAAAGCUUUGGAGCUAGCAGUACGUGCUAUUGGCGCUGGUAACCUCAAUAGCAUUUUUUAUUCUGACACUUAUGUUCAUGACGAUGUCAAAUACUCACACUUGUUAUUUGCAGGGUUUGCUGACCUUGUGACGGAGACAAGUCCAAGGGGAAACUAUGAGGUGCAAGCCUAUAACGCUAUCAAGGCAGAACUUGUGCGGGAAGCGAGACACUUGUACGACGAGUAUUAUGGUUCAAUUGCAGCCUCAGGAGGCUGUUCUUCAGCUGGACAAAUGAACGAUUUGCUUCAUUAUGGUUCAUUAUUGGAGAUCUUUUACCAGGCCAGCAGAGUGUCUGGUAGUUUUUAG